GGAUGUAUGGGUUCAUGAUAAGGACAAGAACACUAAACUCCUCUAACUACACAACUGGAAAGCCACAAAAUAUCCCACCCAAACUCAACACCCUCACUCUCUAGUCUCUACCUUUCCCUCUUCACCCCUUUUCUCUCCUAAAACAUGGAUGACUCUGCAACUUCUCUACCGUCAUCAAUCUGGGCUUCCCUCAACAGCUGGUUCACUUCCACUGCCUUCUUCGUCCUCCUAAACGUCAUGAUUGCCACCAUUGUUUUCACCUCUAACUUACCCAACAACAAUCAACAAAAUCGUCAUCAACAAGACCCAGAACAAGAACAAAAACACAAUUCUCAGAACCACCAAAAUGACCGGAAUCAACCCCAAAUCGUCAGAUCUUCCUCCAUCCUCUACCGUCUCAAGUCCUUCAACUUCCUACCCCACAGAUCCCAACAAGAUUUUUCGCCGGAGGACGACCACCACCAAGAACCUUUACAAGUAGCAGCUACACAGUAUGUAUUCAAUCAACCUAUCGACUAUCAACAUUUCGAUUACGAUUUGGAUUCAACCAGAUCCGAUCAUAUUCCGACCGGCAACGCCAACGCCGCCGCUCAGUUUUCUGCUUUCAAUCAAACCCAUGAAGCAUCAAUCCCUUAUUCGGAGACCCAUGUCGUGUGGGAACAUCAACAAACCGUAGAAACAAGGAUGAGUCAUUUCGAUUUCGACCCGACCCACGAUGAGAUCCGGAGCGAUACGGGCUUUGAAGAUGCUAAUGAAGAUGAACACGCUGAUGAGUUACAGAGUUUGGAUGAGGUGUACAGUAAACUGAAAGGUGGGCAUGACAGAACCAAGUCCGAAAGUGACCUCACAUCGAAGCCACCGGCGAAAAUGAAGAAAUCAGCAAGUCUGAAAGUGGGUUUCGCGCAUCUCGAGGAGGAAGAGAUCGUGGAGUCUCGCCGGCCGGUAACCGUGAGAGAGAGAAAGUCUGCGGCUAGGGUGAUGGAAGAGGAUGACGUCGAAGUCGAUACAAAGGCCGAUAACUUCAUCAACAAGUUCAAGAACGAUCUGAAGUUGCAGAGGAUCGAGUCGAUUAUCCGGACAAAGGGCGCGACAGGUAGAGGGACUGCCAAGUAAAUUACUUAAAUUGCUGGGUGUUUUCUGUAACAAUAUCAGAACCCCAAGUAUCAUUUUAAAAAUUACACGCGGUGAUGUUGAUUUUAUAAAGCUGCACAUAUGGAUGUUAAAGCCAUUUUAUAGGUCAAAAGGGCAUUUUGGUUAUUUUCGUGAAUGUGGAGAUGGUUUAUUGGGUUUUGGGUAAUCGAAAACUAUUUACUAGAAAGCCCUUGGUUGGUGUAACUUGCAUUUAUACAUAAAGGGUUGGAAACUUGGAAUA